CUGCCCGAAAAGCCAGGAAAAUUCCACUCAACUUUUCGAGGCGAACAAGCUCACUUCAAUUUCACAACCCGCCAAAGUGCCCAUUGGAACCAGUUGAAGUCAAGAUGACCAAGGGAACUUCCAGCUUCGGCAAGCGCCACAACAAGACGCACACUCUGUGCCGACGAUGCGGUCGUCGAUCCCUCCACAUCCAGAAGCACACCUGCUCCUCGUGCGGAUACCCGUCUGCUAAGACGCGAAAGUACAACUGGAGCGAGAAGGCCAAGCGCAGAAAGACCGUCGGUACCGGCCGCAUGCGCUACAUGAAGGAUGUCUCGCGCCGCUUCAAGAACGGAUUCCAGACCGGUGUCCCCAAGGACUCGCGCGGCCCAGCGGCUGUGAAGGCAUAGAGGGUUGGAAAGGUAGCAUCAUGACAAUUCGACGGAUGGUUUCGGCGUGAAAAUGGUCUGCAAAUUUGGACUGGUUCAUGGAUUCACAUACAUCUCUGCGGUCUAGGGGCACGUUAUGGUAG